GGUUUCCUCUUUGGUUUUCUGUGUCCUUCGCCUUGAGCAAUGGAGAGCAGUGAGGGAAUAUCACAGAGAAGCAACACAAUUAAGAACUUUUUCUCCAAUGUGAUAGAGAAAGCCAAACUAAGAGAAUGUUUGACAUGGAAUCUGCUAAAGAUUUUUCUCCUUGGUCAAGGAUUAUCCAUGUUAUUAUGCGGAACUGCAAUCAGCAGUCAAUAUCUGGCAGAUGAUUUUGCUGUCAACACUCCAAUGCUUCAGGGCUUUGUCAACUACCUUCUUUUGUUCCUGGUUUACACUGGAAUAUUGGCUUUUAGGCAGGGCAAUGAAGCUUUAGUACAAAUACUGAAGACAAAAUGGUGGAAAUAUCUUCUGCUGGGAUUAAUUGAUGUUGAAGCAAACUAUAUGGUAGUUAAAGCUUACCAGUAUACAACAUUAACAAGUGUUCAGCUCCUAGAUUGCUUUGUCAUUCCUGUGGUGAUGCUCCUAUCAUGGCUCAUCUUACAUUCAAGAUACAAAGCCAUCCAUUUUGUAGCCGUUUUAAUGUGUUUGCUGGGCGUUGGAAUUAUGGUUUGUGCGGAUUUUCUGAGUUCAAGACAUCAAGGAAUAGGUAUCAAUAAGUUGCUGGGAGACCUUCUUGUCCUGGGAGGUGCUAUAUUUUAUGGAAUUUCUAACGUUUGUGAAGAAUUCGUUGUGAAAAACUUUAGCAGAGAGGAAUUCCUGGGAAUGCUUGGCUUGUUUGCAACCCUCUUUAGUGUUAUACAACUAGGCAUUCUGGAACAUAAUGAAAUUGCAAAUAUUAAUUGGAACUGGCAAGUAGUGUUAUUAUUCACUUCCUUUGCUGUCUGCAUGUUUGGAUGGUACAGCUUCCUACCUGUUGUGAUUAAGCUCAGCAAUGCCACCUCAGUCAACCUUGCCAUUCUGACUGCAGACCUCUACAGCUUCUUCUUUGGGAUCUUCUUAUUCCACUACAAGUUUUCCGUUCUGUAUAUUCUGGCAUUUGUGCUCAUUAUGGUUGGAUUUAUCCUCUACAACUCAACUCCAUCACAUACAACCGAACUCCAGAGUCAACAGCAAGCUGCACCUCAAGGAUUCAACAACCCUGUUCCAGUGAAUGAUGAUAAUACCCAAGAAGUCAGCAGCCAUUCUGCCUCCAGAAACCUCCCCAUGGAAACAACCAACUAGAACAGCUGUUCAGCAUAAAGGAUUUUUUUAUAACUUUCCUUGGUAUUAUAAAUCCUUUUUGUUUCCCUUUACAAACUGAAACAA